AUGUCCACCCCGCCACCUACACACACGCUCGCCUCUCUUGCAACCCUCGCUCCACCUUCCAGCUCGCGCACAUGGCAAUCUGCCCCACACCCCUCUCUCCCCAUUGUCGCCACAGCCUGCUCCGACCGCAGCGUGCGCGUCUACAGCCUGACAUCGUUCACACUGCUACAUAGCAUCACCGGUGGCCACAAGCGCAGUGUACGGUCUGUGAGUUGGAAGCCUGGGGUUCGCGGGCAGAGUGUGCUUGCAACGGGCAGUUUUGACAGCAGUGCGGGAAUAUGGCGACACGAUCAAAACGACACAACGCAAGAUUUCACUACACACAACGAAGAUGGUGACGGAGAUGAGGAUGACUACCAGUUCAGCUGCAUCCUCGACGGACAUGAGAGCGAGAUUAAGUGUUUGAGCUGGAGUCCCUCGGGCCAGUAUCUAGCGACUUGUUCGCGCGAUAAGAGCGUUUGGAUAUGGGAAGAGUUGGAGGACGACAACUUUGAGACUGUCGCCGUGCUGCAGGAACACGAUGGCGAUGUCAAGUGUGUCGCAUGGCAUCCUGAAGAGGAUCUCCUCGUGAGUGCGAGCUACGACGAUACCGUGAGGUUGUACCGCGAGGACGCGGACGAUUGGGUGCAGGUGGCUGUCAUCAAUGGGCAUGGGAUGACGGUUUGGUGGGUCGAGUUUGAGGGGAGUGGGAUGCACACAAAAGACUUCCGCAAAGAGACAAAGGAACUGCCGCAGGAAGGUGCUGAAUAUGUUGAGGCGUUGCAACGUUCAGGACCACGGCUUGCAACUUGCUCGGAUGAUUGCUCAGUGAGGAUUUGGCGCAGAAAACCAAAGGACAGACCAGAGGGUGCGCAGGCAAAUACGGGGAUCCCGUCGAUUAUUCGCUCAACGGCCAUUGAUGAGGAUUGGUAUGAGGAAGCUGUUCUCCCGCGGGCACAUGACCGAGCGAUUUACUCGGUAUCAUGGAGUCGGACUACGGGCAUGAUCGUCAGUGCUGGGAGUGAUGGCAAGAUUGUGGUAUACAAGGAGAGGUGGAGGGCGGGGACAUCGAACGGCGCAAGCGCAGAUGAGUCGGGAGCUACGCAGACGGAAGAACAAGCGUCGUUGACGGAGUGGGUGGUGGUCGCAGAAAUCUUUUCGGCACACGACGUGUUUGAGAUCAAUCAUGUUGCGUGGGCAAAGAGGGCAGACAAGGGAAAGAGGUGGGAGGGUGAGGAAGUCGUGGUCAGUACCGGGGAUGACGGCGAGGUCAGGGUAUGGACGUUGGAUGAGACGAAGACGUCGUGA